UUAAACAACUUCAAAAGAGGUGAACAGCUUAACUGCUUCAUUAAGUCGAGUUUUGAGCAAUGUUGACAAAUUUGGACGGUAAGCGUCGAGGAGCAGCAACAGCAGCCCGGCACCUCUCUUCUCUCUCUCCUCUCUCAGUCAUCUCGCGCAGUAAAACAUGGAUCGUCUACUGCGCCUUGGAGGUGGUCUACCAGCACUUGGUCAAGGACCCCCGCCCAAUGAUGCUCCAGUUCCCGAUACUGCUGAACAGGUUUACAUUUCAUCUUUGGCACUACUGAAGAUGCUAAAGCACGGUCGAGCUGGAGUGCCAAUGGAAGUCAUGGGUCUUAUGCUGGGAGAGUUUGUUGAUGACUACACUGUCAGAGUUAUUGAUGUCUUUGCCAUGCCUCAAAGUGGAACUGGAGUAUCUGUUGAAGCUGUAGAUCCUGUUUUCCAAGCCAAAAUGCUGGACAUGUUGAAGCAGGUUGGACGACCAGAGAUGGUUGUUGGAUGGUACCACUCUCACCCUGGCUUUGGCUGCUGGCUUUCAGGUGUUGAUAUAAACACACAGCAGAGUUUUGAGGCCCUCUCAGAACGUGCCGUUGCUGUUGUCGUUGAUCCCAUUCAGUCUGUAAAAGGUAAAGUGGUGAUUGAUGCUUUCCGACUUAUCAACCCAAACAUGAUGGUCCUGGGACAAGAGCCAAGACAGACCACUUCUAACCUUGGGCAUUUACAGAAACCUUCUAUCCAGGCACUGAUUCAUGGACUUAAUCGACACUACUAUUCAAUCCCAAUAAAAUAUCGCAUGAAUGAAAGAGAACAACAAAUGUUGUUAAAUCUGCAUAAGAAAUCUUGGAUGGAAGGCUUAACAUUGCAGAAUUAUAAUGAGCACAGCAGCCUUAAUGAAGACACAGUUAAAGAGAUCCUUAACCUUGCAACAGCAUAUAAUAAGAGUUUGGAAGAGGAAGAGAAAAUGACACCAGAACAACUGGCCAUAAAGAAUGUGGGAAAGUUGGACCCAAAACGGCACUUGGAAGACAAGGUGGAAGUUCUCAUGACCUCAAAUAUUGUUCAGUGUCUUGGAGCUAUGCUUGAUACUGUUAUUUUCAAAUAAGUACAGCAGUAAAGUAUUUUUGUUAUGAGUGUUAAGCUUAAUUCAGAUGUAUUGAGAUUUGUCAGUAAGACAUACCAAACUGAAAUAAGAACGUUGUAAAAGCAUCUUUACAUUUCUUAAAUCUAGAAUCAAUUGAUAUUUUGUAUUUUUUUAGACAAAUAUUGUAUUUUGGUUCCCAAGAUGUUCAAAACAUUAAGCCACAGGUAUACCUUGAGGUGCUUCUGGGGCUUAGUGUCCCCGUGGCCCGGUUGUCGACCAGGCCUCAGGUAUGUGUCCAAAGUGUUCAGAGCUUUUAUAAUUGGGGGGAAAUGAAAGAAGAUGAUAAAGCUCUAUUUAAUGGGAUCUGCAGUGUUGAAGUUUCUGAUAUUUAAUACAUACUAUAGAAACUAAAAAGACCUCUUCUGAAUUUAAUAAAGUGUAACAAUAAAAAAUGGUUUUAAUUU